CUUUCUUCUCACCUGCCACUCUCUCUCUUCUUUGAAUAUAUAUAUAAGUUAGAGAGAGCGAAGCAGGAGAAAGAAAGAGAGAAAAAUUAACCGAGGUUUGUCCUCUGGACCUUCUUAGGCACUUCAUCCCUAGUCGUAUCCUUAAAUCCUUCAUAUAAAGAGCUUCUUCUGUUGAUUUUUAAUCAAACAAUCAAUCCGACGAACAAAUAUUUUAACGUUAGGAAGAAAAAAAAAUAUGGCGGAAGAGCAAAGAUGCGAAGCUUCAGAAGGACACCGUCUCUGCGCCAACAACUGUGGGUUCUUCGGGAGCCCAGCAACCCAAAAUCUAUGUUCCAAGUGCUACAGAGACCUACGCCUCGACGAGGAACAGGCCUCAUCUGCAAAGUUCGCGGUUGAAAAAUCGCUAGCCGCCGCUGCCUCUUCAUCCUCUUCUUCGCCGUCGUCGGCUUCUUCUGUCUCUGCCUUUCCGGCAACUGAUGCUCCUCUCUCCCCUCCCGCGUUGACCUUAUCGGCGGCCGAAACCACCAUUGACCGAUGGGCUCCUCUGACCAUCUCGGCCGCCGCAUCCGUUACGUCAGUGUUGGAGUUGCCGGCAACUCAAACGACGAUGGUUUCGCAGCCGAAUCGGUGCGCAACUUGCCGGAAACGUGUGGGGCUGACCGGGUUUAAGUGCCGAUGUGGGACGACCUUCUGCGGGGCGCACCGGUACCCCGAGCAACACGGUUGCACGUUCGAUUUCAAGGCCCUGGGGAAGGAAGCAAUCGCUAAAGCGAACCCUGUCGUCAAGGCGGAGAAGCUCGAGAAGAUCUGAAUCUGUUUAUGACAUGAACAUGAUGGAGCUGAAAACCAAUCUAAUCCUGAUCUGGUCUGAUGAGAUGAGGACUAGAUCGUUUGAUGGUGCUGGCGAUGAAAGGGAUCAGAGAUCUUUGGUUCACUUUUUAAGCUUGGAUAAACGGAGUUGAAGAUCUGGAGUAAUCGCCGGUGAGGCUUUCCGGUGUUGGAUGCCGCCGGUGAAUGACAGAUUUAGUGGGCUUUUCAGAACGCCGUUUUAUUUUCUGCUUUUUCUUUUCUUUUCUUUUCACUGGAAAAAAAAAAGUUAUGUCGUUCUGUUUGGUAACAGUGAAAGUUGGUUUCGGUUAUCUUGUUUAAAUAAGAACUGUUUAUUAUGGCC